CGGAAGACUGAAGGAGGGGCGCAAGAUGGCGGAACGUGCCGCCGACAGAACCUGAACAAACGUUUGAAAUCGUCGCCACUGAGCUGAACAGGUGGCCGUGGCUCCCCGCGGGGAUGAACCUUCGACAUCAGCGGGACUAGCCGGAAAACCGAAGGAAAAUGUUUGCCAAACCUUUUCGCGUCAAGUCCAACACGGCGAUCAAAGGGUCGGAUAGGAGGAAGCUCAAGGCUGAUGUACAGUCUGCCUUUCCUUCUUUAUCCAGUGGUGAACUAGCACAUCUCAUACCAAACAAGGAGGAGCUGAAUGUGGUGAAAAUGUAUUUGCAUAAAGGAGAAGUAGUGACUGCCUACGUUUUGAAUAAGAACCCCAUCUUCUUUGAAUUGGGCAAGAGGCUUUAUCCAACAGUGUAUACCCUGUGGUCUUACCCAGAUCUGCUGGCUGCGUUCACAACAUGGCCUGCUGUACUAACAAAACUCACUGGAGGAGCAGAUCUUAUGUUGCCUGGAGUGGUUGUGCCACCUUCUGGUCUUCCUGAAGUACGGCAGGGAGAUCUUUGUGCUGUUAACCUUGUUGGGAGCAGAGCUCCAGUGGCAAUAGGCUUGGCCACUAUGCCAACAACAGAGAUGCUUGCAGCUGAUAUGAAAGGAAAGGGUGUCACCACCCUCCAUACAUAUCUGGAUCAGUUAUGGGCAUUUGGAGAAAAGACUAACCCACCUGUGAUUCCCCACGUGUACUGUGACCCUGGGGAAAUUGGAGACCAGAUGGAGAAGGAAGAGGAGGAAAAAGGAGAGGAGGAAAAAGUGAUAAUUAAUACAAAUGAUAUUGAGAAUGUGACUGCAGUGCUGGACAGUACAGAGAAUGAUGCACCAGACAUGGACAGUCUUUGUUUGAAUGUGGAAACUGAAUCAGAACAUGUAUCCUCAGCAACAGGUCAAGCGAUUGACAGCGAGGCUCAUGACUCAGAGAUUGUUGAUCUGAAAGAAAUUACAGAAGACAGUGAGAAUGACCAGGACACUCCAGAAAUCAUUGGGACUGUACAGGAGCAGAUGGAUGAGCUCCUUCUACAGUGUUUCCUUCAUGCUUUGAAAUUUAAGGUGAAGAAAGCAGAUCUGCCACUGCUUACAAGCACCUUCCUCAAGGUUCAUGUAUAUCCAUGUUGUCCUGAAGGCCGACAAUUAGACAUCAAAAAAUCUAGUUAUAAGAAGCUCUCCAAGUUUCUUCAGACCAUGCAGCAACGGCAGGUAGUGCAGGUGAAGGAACUCUCGAAAGGUGUCGAAAGCAUUGCUGCUGUGAACUGGAAGCAUGCAGACCUGCGGUCCUUCAAAGUUCCUGAAACAGCUACUGGCGAAGACAUGGUGAAGAUUGACAGAGUGAGAGAGACACCCUACCAACCACUUCAGAUCAAGUCCUUUUGCAGUGUUUCCAGUAAAUUAAUUCCCCUAUUUGAACACGCAGGUCUCAAAAAAGAUGCAACCCUCUCAAAUGCAGAUGUUAGAAGUAUCAUCACAAAUUAUAUAAAGUCUAAUGAACUGAUAGACGACUACAAUAAAAAUUAUAUAGUCAUUAAUCCUACUCUUUGUGACUGCAUAUUGGAAAAAUUUGAGCACCAUACUAUAACUAAAAUCACAUGGGAUGACCUCUUUACCAGGUGCCUGGAGAGGAUGCAGCAAUGUCAUGAAGUGACUUUUCCUGGACAAAAGCCAAUUGUUCGAAAGGGUGAAAUUAAACCCAUUAACAUUGAUGUAGUGCAGCGCGCUUCAAACAAAAAGGUAACGAUUAUUAAAAACCUUGACGCGUUUGGCUUGGAUCCUCAGAUCUUGGGAAAUGCCCUUCAGCAAAAAGCUCAGGCCAGCGUAACUAUAAAUCAAGUCCCUGGUACUAAGGACAAGAUGGCCCUUCAGGUUCAAGGCAACCAGGUUAAUCAUAUUGCCAAGCUCCUAACAGAGGAGUACAAGAUCCCUACAAAGUAUAUUACUGGCUUGGACAAAGCCCCAAAAUCUGGCAAGAAGAAGCGAUGACAUGGUAAUAGUUACAGCAAGGAAUCCGGUCACAGCAAUAAAAUCACUGCCGAUACCUAUUCUUGUUAAUUUGUUAUUUAAUUUAUGAUACCUAACUUUCUACUAAAUAUGUACUAAACAUCAAGUUGCUAUGCAUUUUUGUAUUAAACUAUUCCUCCUGAAGAAUCUGCAGUACUGUUGCAGUUCACCCUAACUGAAAAGUACUUGUGAACUUCGUAAGUUGGUUAAAAAAAAAAGCCACAGGAAGUAAUUUGCUGAUGGAACAAUGAAAUACAUGGGGGAUCCCGAAGCUUCAUUACUAACUAGUGUAUCUGAGUUAUCCCAGUUCCCGAGGCCUACGUAGCAAAUUUCUCCACAUCAAAAGUAAGAAUCAUUUCAACGUGAUCAGAUGCUGUAAAAAUGUAAGUAGUCUUAUAAUAAAAAUUGCAAGAACUGAA